ACCUCCGGUUGGGAGUAUUCGAGUUCUCGAGCGGGGUUUGGCAGACGAACGACCCGCAAUUGUAUCGAGGAGCUGGAGCAGCCCCAGAUCCCCGCUGCCCACUGAGGCAAACUGGACACUUUGCCCCUCAGCCCCAGAGGGACCCGCCGCCCGGGAUUAACGCUCCCUCACUGACUGUCAACCAGACUGACAGCGCUCCCGCUCCUCUUGCAUCUAACACGUCAGGUUUAGGAGCAAGGCGGCUGAAAAUCCGGCAGCAAAAAAAAACCCCUCGUUCACUCCAUCGCAACAGAGAGAGAGACAGAACAAUUCCCCUUUCCUUCAGCGGAGGGAGCUGAAAAUCUCUCAAACUGCAUCUACCCGGGGCCAGUUUCACAUUGUCUCACCAAAUCAGACAGUAGAUGUUUUUUGAGAAAUGCGCGUUUAAAAUCAGAAGAGCAAUUUGCAGUCCUCCAAGGCGGAAUUUACUAUUCCAAACAUAGGUGGAAUUAAAACGAACAACAACAAAAAAAAAACAAUUUGUCAGGAGCAGUUCGAACCAGAACAAAUUUUAUUAGGAAGGAGACUGAAGAGAGGAGAGGAAUCGAGUAAGAUCGAAGAGACGGAAAGUAGCGAAGUUGGCACCUGAGAGAAAACCUGUCUUCUCCAACAAAGUGGAUUUCGAAGCUGGUUCCAAGGAUGUGCUCCUGUUGGCUGUGAAAUAAGAUUUCAACAUUUCACUUUGGUUCACAUCUCCUUUUCUCUGCUGAUCGACAUGUCUUACAGCAGCCGUGAGUUGGUUUGCCAUUACCUGUAUUACCGGCUUUCCCGCCAGGGGUUUGUGUGGGAGGAGCCCCUGGACUCGGCUGCCGGCUCCCCGACCCCCGGCGGCGGCGGCUCCGGCUCCGGCCGGCCCCGGGCUGCCCCCGCCUCGUCCGCCGCCGCCGAGAAAGCUCACCGCGUCCUCCGGGAGGCGGGCGACAGCUUCGAGCGCCAGUACCAGCAGGAGUUCGCCGACAUUGCGCUGCAGAUGCGCUUCGAACCGGAGAGCGCCCAUGGGCGUUUCGAGGCAGUGGCCGAAGAGCUGUUCCGCGAUGGAGUCAACUGGGGCCGGGUCGUGGCUUUUUUCGUGUUCGGGGGCACCGUGUGUGUGGAGAGCGCCAAGAGGAGGGACAUGGCAUCUCUCGUCGAUAACAUCGCCACCUGGAUGACCGCCUACCUGGACAGUAGCCUCACUGACUGGAUCCGCGCCAACGGAGACUGGGAUGCCUUUGUGGACCUAUAUGGGAACAAUGUGGAACCUCUUUUCGACAUCCCAUGGCCUUCUCUUCGGACUGUCUUGGGCAUUGCUGCUGUGGGGGCUUGUAUAACCUUUGCUUAUCUAGCCCACCAGUAUUAGCCAUGAUUAUUCAAGAUUUUUUUUUAACUAAAACUGCUCGCAAAAAAUUCUUAGGCUGCUUUCAGGUUACAGACAAAUUGUUUUAUCUAAUGGGAUCAAAAUAUCAGCCCUCUUGACACCUUAGUAAUAUUCUUAUAUUUAUAAUCAUUGAAACUUUUCAGGUAUGUUUAUAAUAUUUCUUUGGAGUUUGCAAUGAGUUUGUUCAUGAAAAUGUAAAUGUGAAGCAAAUUCUAAAACUACAUUUCAUUGUGGUUGGACUUCUUAAGCUGACUGGAAUCUACAUUUCAUAAUAUAUUGGAAGGAUUGUGUUACAAGAUAGUGAUAUGAGUGGGUAGAAUUUUGCCUGCAUCAAUGUGUGAGGCAAGAACCCUGAUUUUGGUCUUGUCUUGUAAUGCACUGGUUAUAGUAUAGUGCUUGACAAUUGAGCAUUAUGUGAAUUAAGAUGAGUACAUGACAGGGAUUGCCAAAUAAUCUCUGAUUAUUACUGAAAAUUACUGAAAGUGUUGGAAAAUGUGGCUUAAGUAGCUGUGUUAACUAAAACUUAAAUUAAUCAUGACCCCAAGACUUAUCAUUGUACAGAACGUCAUGGAAUGACUGGAGGGGAUUUCUUUGUGCUGAUUUGAACAUAUGGAAAUUUAUUGAUCAUGUCAUUGAACGGGUAUUACAGGAUUUCUUGUUGUUUAGAGUGUACUUAUACCUGAUACUUAGCUUAUAAUUAGAUCUGCUUGCAAUUAGAAUGGCAUCUGAUACUGAUAGUAAAGAAUUCAGAAGAAAAUUAAAACUGGAAGGGGACUGAAAAAUAAGUAGCUAUUAUCAGUUUUGCAAAUAUACACCAGCACUUAAGGGAAAUAAAAAAAAAACUGAUGCUUGUGUAACUUGCCAAAGGUCACCACGGUAAAAUUUAGUUUUUGAAAGUAAACAACUUUCAAUUGUUCUCCGGUGUAUAACUGAACUAUAUCAUUUUUGUAGAAUAUUUUCUUGUUUAAUGUGAAGAGCAUAUUUAAUGAGCUUCUCGAUUUCAGCACAACAUUUUUUUGAUGUUUAACUAUCGUUCUUGUAAUAGGUGUUUUUAAGAAAGAAACAUACUCACAAAAGCCCCCUCCAUUUGCUUUUAAAAUUUAACUUCAAAAUUUUUCUUUAGUUUUAUUUAAAGUUUACAAUUCUUACUAAACAGAAAGGCUGCUAUUAGGUAAGUGUUGUAGAAUAAUUAACCAGCUCUAAAUAGAGUAAAUACCAAAGAGUGAUUCCUAAAUUACUGCUGUGUGAAGAUUAUAAGAUACUGCUUGCUUUGGAUAAUGCAUCUAGUUUUGAACUUUCUGACUGUGCUGGUGAAAUACAUACAUUUUCCCAAACAGAAAUUACUUCCAACCAGAGAAUCCAGCUAUAUGACAUGACUUUGCAAAAAACUGCUCACCAACAAAGUCUAGAAUAUUCUCACUCUUCAAAGAGACUAGAAUGGAAUGUUGUGCCUUUGUCUUGUAGAAAAUGCCACAUCGACAAACUACUGAAGACCAUGCUUGCUUUUGUGACACUUCCGUGGAGAUUGGCUUCAGGGACCUUGGGGAAGUUCACCAUUUCUUACAGUAUGACUAAACUUCUUUGGGUGACUUCUGCUUCUAAAAUGUCAAGACUUACCUGUGCUUUAAUGCUUUCCAACUCAAGUACUUGCUUCUAAUGCAUCCACUGAAAAUUCUGAAGAAUAAGUAAAUUAGUCAUAAUGAUUACCAGAUGCUAAAGGGAAAGCAAAUUGUAUUUGCAGUAGUGCUUCACCUAUUGAUGAUUACCAACUUCAGCCUACCAACAUUGCAUAAGACAAAGUGAAUGUACUGUGAAGGAAUGAGCAAAAUUGAAAUCAUCAGUAAGCUAACAGUAUUGUAAAUUCAUUUGGAGUGAUAAAAGGCUAACAAGAAAAUUAAGCACAUAUUAGAAAAAAUAUUUUUUUAAGCAUUUUAUGUGGUUGUAAAAAAGCCAUUUCUGUUUGAAGAUUAAACUUGGUAUAAUUUUUGUGUUUGUGCAUCUUCAGUGCACUCUAGUAUGUUAUUUCUAUUGCAGGAUGAAAGCUAUCUUGUCAUUUUAGAAGCUGCGCUUUUGUGUCUUGGGUGUAAUAUUUUCUGUUACUUGAUGUGUUAUUUUUGUAUAAUAUUGUGUUAUUGUACUCAUUGAUGUGUGCUGUUUGUCACUAUGAUGAGCCCUAAUUAUUUGAUAAAAUUACAAACCUGGACAAUAGCUUGUAGGAAAUGAGCAGAAAGAAAUACUUGGUUGAGAAACCAGGUUUACAAGAUGUUGGCUUGCUUUUUUGAAAUUUAAAUCUAGUCCAACCCAAAGUAUUCAUUUAAUUUAGGAAAUAAAGGUUACAUUUAUUAUUUAAAAUGUUCCAAAUCUUCACCGCCAAACCUAAAUGCCUGGCAGCAACAAUGGCAUUUACACUUAAUGCAAAAUAUUAAGGCUGUUCAGGUAUGAUCUUUGGUAGACAUACCUUUCCAUUAUCAUAUUGAGUCCUUGUUACAAAAAAACAGCACCAAUUAAGCAGCCUUUUCUACCUUAUAUCAUUAGUCCUGCUCAACUUCUAGUCUAUUACAUGGGCAUAAUUAUCCUGAAAUGUGUGCCACAAAACAACAUUGCGAGACACCUGAGGAACAUGAAAAUAAGUUAUAAUAUUGAUUUUGAAAGAAGUGUCUCCCAUCAUCUGGAAUGCCCAACUACUUUUCUGGAAGGAUUUGAUGCUCUUUUGGAGAUGCCUAGCCUGUAUGCAAGUAUGUAUUCUUUAUGCAGCAAUUCUAAACAGAGUUCAGACUAACUAACUUCUUCUACUAUAUUUUUGUAGAAAGUAAUAUUUUUUAUUUAACAGGCAAAAAGUAUUCUUAAUUGUUACCAAUUUUUUUUUUAUAAAACAGGAUUCAACAGUGAUAGCAUUCAACUGACAGCAUUUUUGUAGGUUUAUCAUUUUGGAUAAAACAGAGUGGUCCUUUACAAUUAGUAAAUGUAUUGCUUAUUUUAAAGUCUUGUUCCUUGCCCUGGGAUUCCUUUAAUUUAGUACACUCCAUCCAAUACAUUUUUUGUUAUGUGUGUCAGUGGCAUGUGGAAGAUAGUUUUUUAAAGCAAAGGGUUCUCUAUCAAACAUACUUCUAACAGCUAUUGUAAGGGGACUUUUACCUCAUCAGAUAUAACCUUAAUUUUUAAAAAAUUCUUCCAUCUUAGUCCAUCAAUGCUGAUGGUAAUUGGAUAAGAGAUUCUGACAUCUUUUUCUUGGAAUUUUCAUUGAUACGCACAUUUUAUAUAAUGAAUAGCCUUUUUCUGGGGAGGCUUUGUGGCACUGUGGAGGCGUCCCUACCUCUGGGCCAGAAGCUCCAUGUUCAUGUCCCACUUCAGGAUUUGAUGGUCACGGAAGGUGCACUCAGAAAGUGGCCGCACUGGUUGAUUAUCAGCCUGUAAAUUUUUCCAAUAUGUCUCAUGGCAGGCAAUAAGAGCAGGAGUUUCCUGAUAAGCUAUACUGCAGAAAGCAACGGCAAACCCCUGCAGUACUUUGCCAAACAUAAUCAUGGACCAACCCAAUGGAAAUCCAUGGUCACUAUCAGUUUCUUACGGCACGGUACCUGAAGGAGGAGCAGUCCUUCUUUGACAGAAUGGACUUUGACAGGUUUAGGUUGAAAAAGUGUCUGCACCUGGCUUUAAAAAAAUAAUCAAGGGUUGUAUUGUAUUUUUUAUCUUUCAUUAGGUAUGCACUUGUUUUCAUGGAGACUUUGGUAAAGGUGGCUAGACACCCAAACAAAACUCCAAGUUAGAUGGUGUACCUUGAAUUGGCUACUUUUUUUUUUGCUAAUCCUGUUUUAGUCCAAGCUGAUUCAAGCAUUGUUAUGCUUGUUUGUCUCAAGGUAUUAUUGAGUUGGAAGAGAGUACUAGGUGGAGAAUGUUUCUUUUUUAAAAAAUGUGGUAAGUUGUUCUGACUGAAUCCAUUCUUUAAUCCACCAUUAUUAAGCAUUAAGGAUACUUCAUAUGAUUUGUGAUUGAGUGGACUGUCAGUUCAAAGAAGUAAUUUGAUGAAGCAAUAUGCAGCUUCAAUUACGUUUCCAAAAUAUGUCUAUAAGCACACUGGUAAUUGGAACGUAGGCACAUCAAUAACUGAAGGGUGUAAUGGUGAAUGGGAGAAUCCAUUGUUUGUACAUGGAACAUAGGUAGCUAUAGAAUUGAUAUAUCAUGAUUCCAGGUACGAAGAAUAAAAACCUGAUUGAUGCUGAGUUUAUUGAACCUUUAAAUAUUUUGUAUGGUUGACUUUGUCUUCUUUUUGUCCACAGUGACAACUAUUUUUUUGUAAUGAAAAUGACUCAUGUAAGAUGGGGGUUGCGGAGGAUUCACAUAUCUUUGUAAAGCUAACUAGGAAUCCUUGGGUGCCCUUAAGGAUUUUCCUUGUUUGGCUAUUGAUCUGUUGAAAAUGUUUUUCAUUUAUUCAUGCUCCUGGUAUACAACAAUUACCUUCUUGGUACUUUACAAGUCACUUUGGAUGUAAAUGGUUUGUAUAUAAACUAUAUGUUCAUUCAACUAGUGUUUUUUUCCGUUGUUUUUAACCACAAAUAAUUCAUGUCAAUCGUUUUUAGACUUUUCAGUUUGUGAAGUAUUUAAGAGACAUUGAAGAAUGAUGUACUUGUAUGUUAGAUGGAACUUUGAUUUUUCAGAAGUUGCCCACAAGUUGAGAGAACCAUUGCUUUGUGCCAUUGUAGUCUUUUUUCAUGGAGCCAGUGGCCCUGCCCCCUGGCUGAAAUGUCGGGGGCGAGCCCACCUCCGCAAGGCCAGGGAGCUAUGAUCUGAUUUUAUGGCUAUUAAGUGACUCAGGUCAUAGCUCCUGCCCUCAUCUUGGAGGAUGUCCUGCCUCCGAGAGAUGCCAACCAAUCAGAUGGCUGGGAACUCUCCAGCCCGAACAGCAUCACAAAAAACAGCAUGGAAGACAGACUGCAAGGUAAGUGGUGCAGUUUCACUGGGGCCAGUCAGGCAAGCCCUGGGAAGAAGGCUGGUGAGGCGAGGGUGGGGAGGGGGAACAAGUGCUGUCGUGAUUACCACUCAGAGGAGACUCUGGGUACAAGUGCUUGAACUGGAGCCCGUCCCCUAGGAGCAUGCACACUAUAGACGUGGGCAUCCCCAGCCAUUGGUAAAAUACCAGCAGCAGUGGAAGGGAGGCCCUUAAGAGGCCAUUAAUUGGCUGACUACUGGAUACCUACCCUGCUGCCUGUAAAAUUCCAGCAAAGGUGGAUAGGUGAUGGACAUGGUGCACCUGAUUUUAUGCCCCUCUGCCUGCUCCUGGAGGUAGUGUAAAAUUCUGGCCUUCAUUUGCACCAUAUUUAAGAAUUAUUUCCCCUUUCAAAGAAGCUUGAACACAGCAGAAGGCUGAAAGGGAUGACCUCAGUCCUUGAUUAGAUCAGCAUUUCCAACUAAAUUCAUGAAAAACAUAUUGUUGGAGCCCAUAACCAUUUGUGUGUGCUUUAUACUUGCAAAACUGAUUUAUAAGACAUUGAUGUGACAUUGCCAGGGAUGCAACCAGACUUUUCCUGUGGUGAACUAUACCCUUUCCUGCAUUAAAGUAAACUACCUUUCCCACAUAAAUGCUUGUUCAUGAUUGAAAAUGUACCAAAACGAUCAUGAUCAUAAUUAAACUUGUGGUGUUUCAAGUGUGUGUCUGUAUACAUAAUACGAAGUGUGAAAUAUUAAGGCAAAAACAUUUUGUACAUAAAAAAAGUUCUCUCGGGCACUAGUAGUGGCUGCAGUCCAGAGUGUCAGGGAAGGAUAAUCCUAACACAGACAUUCUCACAACAGUUUUAGAGGCCAUUUUGAAAAAGAAAUGUAAAAUCCUGUAUUGUAUCAGAUGGAUAUGCUAUUUCCUGUCCAUUACCCAAUUAAAUUUGAAAAUCUUCAUACAUCUGGGAAAGCUGCAUUCCUGCACAAAGAUUGGAAUAAAGGACAUGUUAGAUAGUAAAUGGCAGCUCAUUGUAAAUGGCCUUCAUUUUACAGUAACUUGCAGAGAAAAAGAACUAUAAGGACACCUGGCCUGUAUAAAAUCUAGACUUCAUAUAUAAGCUACAUAUGACCUGUAUAAGUUUCUUUAAAAUAUAGUAUGAAAAGUGUCAAACAUUCUAUAAUUCAGUUGAAAGAUUUUAAAUGUGUGAUUUUGGUGUAGUAAAUGCAAGACUGAGUUUGUAAACAAAAAUACUUAUAAAGUUUUUUUUAAUAUA